CAACCCACCCAAGGUCUAGCAGAGUUGGCCCGGGAGCCGGACCUCCCCACGCCAGGCCAGCCGUGGGAGCAGAGGAGGAAAGGGGGCCCCCCCAACCUCCCACCCACGAGGCUGAAACCGCUGGUCAGCCUAGUAAUCGGGGCCUCAAAGGGCCCUCUGCUGCAGGAAACUCCGGACAGCACGUUCGAGAUGCCAGAGUCUGAGGACUUGACCCAGCUUCGGGAAAUGAACCUAGAACUUCUCCGGCAGCUUCGGGUGGGACAGGAGGAGAUCAGGAAGUCUGUGGCCUGGGCCAAGGGGGCAGCCCAGAUGUUCCCAAAGCUCAAAAAGGAGGAGAGGAGCAGCCUCCAGUCACCAGAGGCCCAGUGCAGCCAAGAUGAAGACACCAGGGGGUCCACUGAACACGGCAGCCAAUUGGCCCCCCGUCCAGCCUCUAGGGCAGCCACUGGGGACAAAGAAGCCUCAGAACAAGAGCAGAAAAGUGGCAGCCAAGAGCCAGCCCCCCAGAGCAGCCUGCAUGACAGGGAGACUUCGCAGAGUGUGUCUUCCCCCAAGUCCCCUCCGUCCAGCCGUCCCCAGGGUCAGGAACCCAAGGACUACCAGAGGCCCAAUUCCAGACCCAGUUCAGCAAGCUUGCCAUCUUCCCCCGAGGCCUUGGAUUUGGAACCCACGAUUGAUCCCCUGAUCCUUGGGGACCAGAGUCCCUUCCAUGAAGCAGAAAGCCCGGGGGGCCCAAGGUCCAUCCUGACCACUCAGCAGUGGCAGAACUUCGAGGUACCUCCCGGGCUUGGUUCUCAAUCCAUCAGCCUGCAGCUCAGGCCCUCCACCUUGCCGACCCCACCUGGUGGACACUUGCCCUACUGGCUCCAACAGCGAGUUUUCUAUGAGAGCUGGCGUAUGAAGCCUUAUUUAGGUUAUGAUGUGAUUGCAGGGUUGCUGGACACGGCAUCUCCUGUCACCCAUAAAUCUGAAAACUACUUCUCUGAUCUUCAAGAUUUUCGGGAGGCUAAUAAGGAAGAAUGUAUUUCCAGAUACCCAGAGCUGGAUUCUCUGGACUUGCCCUCUUCUACUAGAAACAAGCAAACCCCGGAUUCCCAUCAGUGUUUACAUUGUUACCGCGUCAACCAGCGUCUGUUCACGGUUCCCCUGCAUCCGCUAGCUACCUGCCCUGUGUGCAAGGCCUCCCGCGGCCAGAGCAGCCCUGAGACUCUGGAUCACCCUGCCCAAGUCAGAGUGAGUAUCCCUUUCUCUACCUUCCUGCCGCCCCACCAAUACCCCAUUCAUCGACGAAAAAGCUUCGAUGCCUCAGAUACCAUGGCUUUACCCCGGCACUGCCUGAUGGGCUGGGACAACCUCCCCGUGCCAUCAGCUGGCAUUUCUGCUCUCAGCAGCCUGGACCUCAGGACCUCCUUAGACGCCAGUGCUCAGCGGACAGAGCCCUUAGACCACUCCUAUUUGUCAUCUAGGACUUCAAACUGGAGCUGGUCAGACCCUCUGCUCUCCGUGUCUCGACCCACACAAUUCCAGCCGGGCAAUGUUUCUGAGCACUACAGGUCGGGUGGCAGGGGCUUCCCCCGGCCAUGAGGGCACAUUCCCAUCCCCAGCCCUGUCCUGUUGGUGGGAAGGGCCCUGGCCUCCAGGAAGGGCAGGGAAGGGAUGCCCACAGGGGUUCAUUCUCCUUUGGGCCAAACUUGUUCUGCCCACUCUUAGCAAGCGGCAUCUACACACUGUGGAAGAUCACCAUCCCACUGUCCCCUGCCCACCUGCCCCUCAGGGAAGGUGCUGGGAGACUAUGGGAUGGGAUGGGAUGGGGGCUCAGGCCCAGGCAUGCCCCUGGGCCAAUGUGCCGUGAUUACCAUGAGGGCAGAGGCAGCUACUUGUGCCUUUUAAAAAAUAAAACCGGGAGACCUCUCA